AUGCUGUCUAUCCUCCGAAAAGCCCGGCUCAAAGACAAGGAGAUGAGAAUAUUGAUGCUGGGCUUGGACAAUGCCGGAAAAACAACGAUCGUGAAGAAAAUUAUGGGGGAAGACGUCAACACAGUUAGCCCGACAUUAGGCUUUAUUAUCAAGACGAUUGACUACGAUGGGUAUAAAUUAAAUAUAUGGGACGUUGGCGGUCAAAAAACUCUUCGGUCAUACUGGCGCAAUUAUUUCGAGAAGACGGAUGCACUGAUAUGGGUUGUUGAUGCGACUGAUCGCCUACGAAUAGAUGAUUGCAGAGACGAGUUACAUGGGCUAUUGCUAGAAGAGCGGCUGUCCGGGGCUAGUUUGCUUAUUUUGGCGAAUAAGACGGAUGUGGAGGGGUGUAUGGACGAACAAGAAAUUGGAAAGGCACUACGGUUGGACGAGAUUCGGACACAUCAGUGGAACAUAUUACGAUGCAGUGCUAUGACAGGGGAGAAUCUGCAGGAGGGCCUGGCUUGGGUGGUUGCUGAUGCGAAGAAGAGAUUGUUUCUCUAUUAG